GCUCGUCCCCAAUCGUGGUGAAGUUCGCCGACACCCAGAAGGACAAGGAGCAGAGGCGCCUGCAGCAGCAGCUGGCCCAGCAGAUGCAGCAGCUCAACAGCGCCACCACCUGGGGCAGCCUGACGGGCCUGGGCGGCCUGACACCGCAGUACCUGGCCUUGCUCCAGCAGGCGACCUCGUCCAGUAACCUUGGCGCCUUCAGUGGGAUCCAGCAGAUGGCAGGUAUGAGCGCGCUCCAGCUGCAGAACCUGGCCGCGCUGGCGGCGGCGGCGGCGGCUGCCCAAAGCUCAGCCACCCCGUCCGGCGUUAACCCCCUCUCCUCCAGCGUGGCGUCCCUGGGGGCGCUGGGCAGCCCAGCGAACGUCUCCGCAGUCCACUGGGGAUCACGUCUUAGUCCCCGGAAGGCCAAUCUAUUAACAGUAGCGGGGACCACGGCUGGAUCCAACGCCGGGGCCAUGAGCUCCCUCACCUCGCUGGGGACCCUACAGGGCUUGGCUGGAGCCACGGUGGGCCUGAACAACAUUAAUGCACUAGCAGGUAGCGUUAAUAGUAUGGCGGCCCUCAACGGCGGCCUGGGCGGAGGCGGGCUCAGCAACGGCACGGCGGGCACCAUGGACGCGCUGACGCAGGCCUACUCAGGGAUCCAGCAGUACGCCGCCGCCGCCCUGCCCACCCUCUACAGCCAGUCCCUGCUCCAGCAGCAAGGGGCCGCCGGCAGCCAGAAAGAGGGUCCCGAAGGGGCCAACCUGUUCAUCUACCACCUCCCCCAGGAGUUUGGUGACCAGGACAUCCUGCAGAUGUUCAUGCCUUUCGGGAACGUGGUUUCGGCCAAAGUCUUCAUCGACAAACAGACCAACCUGAGCAAGUGCUUCGGCUUCGUCAGCUACGACAAUCCCGUGUCGGCGCAGGCCGCCAUCCAGGCCAUGAACGGCUUCCAGAUCGGCAUGAAGCGGCUGAAGGUGCAGCUGAAGCGCUCCAAGAACGACAGCAAGCCCUACUGAUCCCUCCCCCGGUCCCCCCCGCCUCCCCCCUGUUAGCACUGCUAGGAACCCAUCUCCAUGCCUGUUAGCUCAUCGUUUGCCUAGCAUGUCUCCGUGGCGCCAAAAACAAACAAAACACAACACAAAACCACUCAAAAAACAAAACAAAAAAACAAAAAAGAAAAUUGUUCAUCGUCGUCCCCCCGUAAUUGUUUUUAUUUUUUUUCAACUGUCUUUUUGUUUCUCUUGUUUUUUUACUGAGCUCACCAGAUCAUAUCCUGGUCGCCGCCUACCGACCAUCUUGAACUUUGAACUGUAAGGUUGACCUUGUAGAUGUUCUGUUUGAGUUCUUUUUUCUUUGCAUGUUACCUCAUUUUGGAUGUAUUUCCUGGGAGGGUAUGGUGGGGGGGGCGGGGCUUUCGUGGGAUAGUAGGAUUCACGUGAGAGGUUAGGAUAGGUCAGACGGGGUCGGGAUGGAAACAUGCAUCAAUGUGAAGGAAGGAGGAGAAGAAAAAAAAACAAGUUAAAGCUGCAUUCAUACGAGAAAAAAAAGACUGAGAAUUUUUUACGGACACAAACAACAAAAAUGUAGUUUUGAAGUUAGUACAAAAAAAACAUACGGCAAAAAUAUUUUCAUUCAGUUUCAUACCGAUCCAUUUGUUUUUUUCUUCUCUUGCUUUUCUUUGAGUUCAUUUUUUUUCUGCUCUUUUUUUGCGUUUCUUCUUUAUUUAAAGUAAACUUGAAAGUUUGGUAGGGGGACUGGCGAGUGGUCUUGCUUCUGUCACCACUAUAGCGACCUGAGGUCAGAAGCAGCCUGCCGCCAGUUUCUAUAUGGUAAAAAAUAAGACUACUUCCAAACUGUUUUGAAUUAAAAAAUGAGACUGAUCAAUAUUUAGGACUCUAUCUCUCAGAGCACUCUCCUAAUGGUUUUUACAUUUUUCAGGCAGUGUAAAGUUUUUUGAUAAGGCCAUUUGAAGUGGCUCGGUUUCUCAUUCAAAGUCUAUAUAUAAAAAAACACUUUUUUCUAGAGUAGUUUAAAGGUAACAAAAAAAAGAAAAAAAAGACAUUCGCCCUGUUUUGGGGGACGGGGGAGGGAGGGGAGAGAUGCUACCUACUUGUGUCGCCUUUUCUGACCUAACUCACAGAUAGACAAUCCGUGGUUUAAAUGCACAUGACGAAAUGACCUAUAUUUUCUACUGUGUAAAUGUAUAGAGAACAAAAAAAAUGAAUCUUAGAUACCUGUAUAACCCAUGUUAACGUCGGUGCUCCUCGUAAGUCAAUUUAGUUGUCGUUUCAUCACCAAGUCUAACAGUCUUAAAUGUCUCCUGUUUUUAAAGACUACAAAAAAAAACAAUUUACUUGAACAAUAGACAAAGCCUUCAUAUUACUAGAAUUGUUCCUUAUUUUACGUUUUCUCUCGUUUUGUUUUUAAAGGAGUCCCUAUUUGCUAAAAUUCUUGUUGGUUAAUUAGCUAUAUAAAAUUCCUAAAAAUAUAUAUAAAUAUAAAUAUAUCUAUAUAUAUAUCUAUAUAUGAUAUGUCAGCUUGUGAAGCAUCAAUGUCAUUAUUUUAUUUCUCCCGUGAGAAAAACAAAUAUUUAGAUGUGUUUUGUUGUUCAGCAAAAUGUCUUAUAAAGAGAAAAAAAAAAAACAGAUCAGUGGAACUUAGUGCCAAAUUCUGAAGGUACUUCCUGCCUAGCGCGUCAGUGUAUUUCUUGUGAAAUUAUUUGAUAACAUGGGUAUUUUAUUAAGUGUUUUGUAUGAAUCACUCAUAUUUAAAAUAUAGAUUUAAAAAGAAGAGUUUGUUAAAUUGCUAUUCUGUGGUCUUGUUGCCUGAAAAUGUCACGUUUGCUUUUUUUCCUCUUUGUAAAGUUGUACAAAUGUGCCCAUGUGUCAUAUAUAAAUAUAUAUACAUAUAUAAACGCACACGGCCAACACCAACACACAAACACACUCUCGUGCAAACCUCACAGUUUACUUUGUUGAUGUGCUUGAGGGCCCCUGAGUGUGAAAGUCUCGUCAGUUAUCGUUCCUCAUCGGGAUUGCGUACGUGCACAAACUCACACACGACCAAAAGCUGCACACGAAUACACAAAUAUUUUCAGUUUAUUUUUUUUGAUAACUCUUCAAAGCCUUACAAUGAGUCUUGGCAGUCUUUGUCUUUCUCUCAAUCUCGCUCUUUCUCUCCCUUUCUCUCUCCCAGCAAUCUGCUCACUCUGUUUCACUCCUCUAUCACGCUCACUCGUUUGCACACGCGUGCGGAUUGGGAAGCAGAUUUAGAUUCUCUCUAAAACACACACGCGUCAGAGGACCACCGCGAGUCACACACAAAGCCUUAUUUUAGGACAGGCCCUCCCCCUUUGUCCGUGUUUUUGUUCCGUUUUCGGAAACACUCCAACGGUAGUCGUCACGGUAUGCCUCGCUAGGUUUUUUUUCGACAUCCUCGAAUGAGUCAGCCUGAAAUAUGUGUGUGUGUUCGCUUUAAUGAUGUAAGCACAGGGUAAGACGUUUGCAUUGCUGGAAACAACCAUUAAACAAGCCUCAGUCUAAAACAACUAAAGCACACCGCCUUGAUGGAGAGAGGGGCAUUUUGUAGGCUCCAAUGUCUUUACUUUUUAUUUAGUCGACUGCUUUAGCUGCGUUUCUUCCCACCCCCCCCCCUCCCCAACCACUUUGUCAUAUAUACAGUAUAUAUAUAUACAUGGUGACUCUUGAAAUUAGUUUUUAACUGUAACACUUCCUCUACUCUAAUGCAGUGGUGCCGUGGGCCAAACCCAGUUGAACGAUGCCCAAACGUGAUGUUAUUAGUGUGUGACAGUUUACACGACACAGUAUUGUCUAGUCCAACUGCCCCCCCACCCACCUGUCCUUCCACCACCACAGUUCCCCUCCCUGAAAGCCUAGUUUACGAUCUGCAAAAAAACACAGAAAAACAUGAAGGCAGCACUAUUUUCUAUAGAACCUCACCACCCGCCUUAACCAGGGAUCUUCGUAACAGUAUUGAAAGAUGUUGUGUGUGGUGUCUACCCAUGUCUCGUUGCUUUAUAUGCUGUUAUUAAGUGUCCAUACGCCAUUUUGUCCCCACCUGCUAGAAGAAAACAAUAGGCGGCACUUUCCUCAUAGUCAUUAACGGGGAGGAACAAGGAAAAAAAAUUAAAAGCAGCUUAGAGAGGGCUUGUGUUAUUUAUUUAUUUCUGUUGCUUCGGUUAUUAGAGAUGGUAGAGACGGGACUGUGUGGAGAGACAUAUUAUUGGAAUAGCAACAGGGGAAAUCAAAACCUCUAUUGGUUGGAGAGAAGGGGUCAAGUCUCCAACCUCCAAAAAAAACUGCAUCGGGCUAGGCCAGGAACGAACACAGCCCAGCCUUCAUUACCCACGGUCCAAAGCCAAAAAACAAACAAAUAAACAAACAGCAGGAGAGGUUUUCUAAAUUGCAUCUGAAAGCGAGAGCAGUGCCACGAACAUAGCCAUAUCUACCUUAAAUGAAAGCCAGCCAGGCUUUCCCCUGAUCAAUUAGUAAAUAACUUGUCUGAGAUGGUUUAAAAUGACGUCCCACAAUGCACUGGAAUCCGCGCAGUGUUAAAACCCCCUCAGAUUGGCCCAGUCAGGGAUUCUUCGGGCGGUGAGAUAUACGAUUGCACUUGAACGGACCACUUACACGCCCCUCACCCGAUCAGACUCACCUCAACCACAUCCAAAUCGUUUAUCUCCUUGUUUUUUUUCUAUCGCACAAUCGUCAAAGCAACAGAGACAGGGUCAAUGCUGUUGACAGCAUUUCUUGAAGAGUAAAAUCGACUCACAACGCAGAACAAGUGACUCGGUAAACGCACGCGCGCGCACGCACGUACACACACAGUCGCGCGCGUCUGUUUGCGUCCUUUCUCUUCGUUUUCUUUUUGACGCAACUUGUCACUGUACUCGAUUUGCUGUAAUUUGCCAAAUCUCAGCACUGCACACCGCCAGACGUUCGCGACACGGUGCUGUUUAGUCUGAAGCACCUGUCGUGUUUUACUUUAUUUAUU